GAAGGUCGCCCAAAGAGCCACCGCUCUCCCGUGCCCCCACACGGACAGCUCUCCUUGGUCCAGUCUCUUGCACCCACCGCCACCAUGGAGGCCAUCAAGAAGAAGAUGCAGAUGCUCAAGCUGGACAAGGAGAACGCCCUGGACCGGGCAGAGCAGGCCGAAGCCGAGCAGAAGCAGGCGGAGGAGAGGAGCAAGCAGCUGGAAGAUGAACUGGCCGCCAUGCAGAAGAAGCUGAAGGGGACGGAGGAUGAGCUGGAUAAAUACUCCGAGGCUCUCAAAGACGCACAGGAGAAGCUCGAGGUGGCGGAGAAGAAGGCGGCAGAUGCUGAAGCGGAAGUGGCGUCCCUGAACCGCCGCAUCCAGCUGGUAGAGGAGGAGCUGGACCGGGCUCAGGAGCGCCUCGCGACAGCCCUGCAGAAACUGGAGGAAGCUGAGAAAGCUGCAGAUGAGAGCGAAAGGGGCAUGAAGGUCAUUGAGAACAGAGCCCUGAAGGAUGAGGAGAAGAUGGAACUGCAGGAGAUCCAGCUGAAGGAGGCCAAGCACAUUGCCGAGGAGGCCGACAGGAAGUACGAAGAGGUUGCCCGAAAACUGGUGAUCAUUGAGGGAGACCUGGAGCGUACCGAGGAGAGGGCCGAGCUGGCAGAGUCUCAUGCCCGAGAGGUGGAGGAGCAGAUCCGGUUGAUGGACCAAAACUUGAAGUUCCUGUCUCAGGCCGAAGAAAAGUACUCUCAGAAGGAGGACAAGUAUGAAGAGGAGAUCAAGAUCUUGACUGACAAGCUCAAGGAGGCUGAGACUCGGGCCGAGUUUGCAGAGAGAUCGGUAGCCAAGCUGGAGAAGACCAUUGAUGACUUGGAAGAUGAGCUGUAUGCUCAGAAACUGAAGUACAAAGCCAUUAGCGAGGAGUUGGACCACGCCCUCAAUGACAUGACGUCCAUAUAAGAUUUGUGAUUCCAAAGCACCACUUUAGUGACUUGGCCUCUGCACCUCCUCUUUCUUUGUUUCACUUUGUCUUCCCUUCCUGUUGGCCGAAGUUCCUGUCUUUCCCGGCUGCACACGCACCUCUCUCCAAGCGGCGCUGGGAACAAACAUCCUCCGUGUGUGUGUUGGGGGUGGGGGGGCUGCGUGUGAUCUCACCAAUAGCCGGAGUCCUCUUCUCCCCCCCCCCCUUCCCACCCGUGCUGUGCUGUCUCCGAAACAAAGCAGUCUUUGUGACUUCCAACGUGCCGUGCCGGAGUCUGCUGGGCGUGGAAGUGCCACUCAAACCAUACAGCUGUGUGUGUGGGGACGGGGGGGACGGGGUUGCUGGCUGGUGGGGUUGCAGGUUCCUGUCCACGUAGCUGAUAGGACCUUGAUACCUCUGUGGCCUGCCGUUUCCCAAGGCAGGAUGUGGCUCUGCGUGACACACAGCCGGGAUUGGGUGUGUCUGAAGCUCUCGCCCCUGUGUCGCUUUUCCCGAUCAGUCUGUAACAGUCGGUGGAAUGUAAUAUAGACUCUGUGCACUAAA